AUUCUAAUUUCAUCGGCGGCGAUUCCUUGAAGCUUCAAAUCACUGGACUCUGGUCGAUUCUGCAGAGCUUCAAAAUUCAUAGAAUCACGGUGUAAGAAGGUUGAGACCAGUGUCAAGCAGUCCAAGUUCAUUCUAGAAUCAGAGAUACCAUUUAUUCGAUCAUUGCAUGUUGCAGUACUUCAUUUAAUCAAUCCGUUUAUAUAAACAUUAUCUUUCAAAACCACCUCAUUGCAUGAAUCUUCUCUGAUACCAAAACCAACCAAACCAUGAAAGCUUUUGCACUUCUCAAGUCCAUUCGCAUACGUAACAUAACAGGACCUUUGCAAUCUCGUUGUUUUCAACCCGAUUUCGUUCCUGCAGAUCCCAAAUCCAAACCCAAAAGAUACAAAUUACCCCCAUCCUAUGAUCCAUAUGGUCCCAGACCACCACCUUCUGAAAAGAUCAUUCAACUAGCCGAAAAGAUUGCAGCCCUCCCCCCUGAAGAGCGUAUGCAAAUAGGCCCGACUCUUAGAGAGAGGUUGAGACAUCCUAAGAUGCAGUCGAUUUCAGUAGAAGGGGUGGUGUCGGGUGGGUCAGGAGGUGGGCCCGCCAAGGUUGAAGAAAAGGUCGAGAAAACAGCAUUCGACAUCAAGUUGGAGAAAUUUGAUGCAGCUGCUAAAAUAAAGGUGAUCAAAGAGGUCCGUGGUUUUACGAGUCUUGGAUUGAAGGAAGCGAAAGAGAUGGUCGAGAAGGCUCCGGUUUUAAUCAAACAAGGGGUGACGAAAGAAGAGGCGAACGAGAUCAUCGAGAAAAUUAAAGCCGCUGGAGGUGUUGCUGUCAUGGAGUAGUCAUUAUUUGCUGCUUCUGAUUUUAUUACUUCUUGAUGGUAGAUUAAGUUGGGAUUAGAUUUACAUUAAUAAAUAUUUGUAACUUUUAGCCCUUCAAAUCUUGUGGAUUUAUGUGGGUGUUCGUUGGUUUUCUCAGAAACAAUCACUCAGUCUCGUGGGUCAGUACCCUCAACUCUGCUUUCGUCUGAGAUAUAUUGUGUCUGUUUUCGGU